AUGUGCUAUCAGCCUGACGUUGGAUUGUGUGGGCCAAGAUCGGGUCUUGGCCAAGGCAUGUGGCGAACUGCUAUUGAUGGCCUAUGCGGUUGUCAGGGCGAAAUCCUCAUUCUUUGGCAUUUAAUCAUGGAAAUGGUUCGUUCCCCUUUUGUGGUAUUUCAACCUCUGCCUAUCCUGUCACAUCCUCUUCACCUGCUACACUUUUUUUUUUCUUUAAGUUGUUAUUUGAAAGAAAGCUUUUCAUCUAUUCAUUGGAACUCUUUCAUGGAUUCCUCUCGUUCUCUGGGGAGAAAUCUCAAUGUUGUAGACCCAUCUAAGGGCAGAGUCGAGAUUUCGAUCACCUUAUUCGUGGUAGGUCUUCGUUUGCCUACCACUUACUUCUUUAAACUGGAUAUCCGUGAAUAUGGGUUUUUUGUUAGGGAGUUAACUCCUAUUGCUAUAAACAAGAAAGUAGGUUUCAAGCUCCUCUGUCGCGCUCGAGGUCAUCAACUAACUGUUCUGGUAUUCAAGCACUUCUUCAACGCUUCUACUCAGUCUGGGACCCGAACCAUUUCUUGCUGGAGGGGAGUCCCUACCCUUAUUCACGACCAAAAGUCCAAGAAGAACUGGAAAGAAAAGUUCUUGUGGGUAAAUAAUGAGCUUGUUGUGCUUUGCUACCCAAGGGUUAAGGCGUAUGUAGGCCGUGCUCCCAUGCUUUUUGGUGCUGACAAGGAGCUGGCUAACAACUUGGAGAAAAUCAGCAUCAACGGCGAGGAGUGGAUCGAUUGCUUUUUGGCCGCCGGUGGAAUGAGAGCUACUUGGAAGGCUCGUGGGAAGAUGCAUGAGUUCAGUGUCGAGAGGGAAGGUGGGGCGGAAAUUAUAUCCUUGGAAAGGGCUCUUCAGGGUCUUUUUGAGGGCAAAAUUCAAUGCCACAAAGUUGACCUUAUGGAAGCUAUUCCACCUCCUGUUUUUGGUCAAGGAAUCGAGGCUACACAUGAGUCUCUCGCUGGUGGAGGCGGGGCCACUGGUGAUGGUGUCGGUGGUGACGAUGAGUCGGAUUUCCAAGACUUCGUUGUCACUGGUGCUUCCUAG